CUCGGCCGCAACCCUAGUACCCAUAAGCCAUAAGCAAGACCCCGAACAAAGUCUGACAAUGAAACUCUUAAUGGUUCACGGAUCCCGACAGUCGGGAGAACUCUUGCGUGCCAAAUCUCAGGCUAUGCAAAAGCUCAUCCGGCAAGUCCUUGCCCCCCUACAGCCAGGGAGUGUGGAAUUCUACUACCCUACUGCUCCUUUUGCUCUGGAGCCUUCGGGGCCAUCUUCGAAACUCCGAGAUCAGCAUGGCCAGUGGGCUUGGUGGCAGUCUGAGUACAUUGACGGCGUCUACCCUGGACUGGAAACGGGACUAGAGACCCUCGCAGCGGUGAUAAAAGACGCCGGACCUUUCGACGGUGCCAUCGGUUUCAGUCAGGGGGCAGCUAUAGCCGCAAUGGUUGCAUCCCUUCUUGAAGAAAAUCGGAGGGAUGCUUUUCCAGUCUCGAAAAUGGAGGGCGGGUUUGCAUAUCCCGCGGCAUUCUCUACACUCAGCCACCCCCCGCUCAAGUUUGUAAUUAGCAUUUCUGGAUAUUCCGCGACACAUCAGGCUUAUUGUCCGUUUUACCACCCGCAGAUCUGUACCCCAAUGCUACAUAUCUUAGGCUCGGCGGAUACGGUGGUCGAGGAAAGCGCGUCAAUGAAGCUAGUAGAAAGAUGUCAGGGAGAGGAGGAAGGGAUAGCCCCGUUGGUUGUUCAUCAUCCAGAAACAUUUCGCAGUCAAUCCACAAUUCGUGAACGCUUCCCACCGUACCAAGGCGAGACAAUGGAGUAA